AGCUCGGCAGCCAGUUGUUUGGAGAGAAGAAGAAAAGCGGCUACAAGCGGAAGAGGCACCCUAUUUGGUUUCGGAUAGUAUCCCCUCUGUGGCGCUGGGUUUUUCAUUUUAACACGCUUUGAAUUAUGUCCACCCCGGCGAGGAGACGGCUCAUGAGGGAUUUUAAAAGACUUCAAGAAGAUCCUCCCACCGGUGUGAGCGGAGCACCGUCAGAGAACAACAUUAUGCUUUGGAACGCUGUUAUCUUUGGGCCUGUGGGAACACCAUUCGAAGAUGGAACGUUUAAGCUUCUGAUAGAGUUUUCGGAGGAGUACCCGAACAAACCUCCCACAGUUCGGUUUGUGUCCAGAAUGUUUCACCCAAAUGUUUACGCAGAUGGCAGUAUAUGUUUAGACAUCCUUCAGAAUCGCUGGAGCCCCACAUAUGAUGUGUCGUCCAUACUCACCUCCAUCCAGUCGUUGCUGGACGAGCCAAACCCAAACAGUCCGGCUAACAGUCAGGCCGCGCAGCUCUAUCAGGAAAACAAGAGGGAAUACGAGAAGAGAGUGACAGCCAUCGUGGAGCAGAGCUGGGUGGACGUCUGAGCUUCUCUUGCACUCUGCUUCUUCCCCUCCAUCACCGUCUUGUCAUCAUCCCAUUACUUCAAUCUCUCAGAUUAUUAUUUUUUUUUUUACUGCAUCAAAAAAAACCAACUAUAUCAGAAGAACUCAAGUGCCACCCUGAAAAAAAAAAGAAACUCGAGAGGACAACCAAACCAGAAUGGACAUUAACUUGCUUGCCAAUACAUUAGAGGAAAACGAGGGAGGGAAAUCAACCUUUUUGUUUGUGUUUCUUGUUCUUAAUUUUACUUUUUUUUUAUUUUUUAUUGCAUGAUGUGAAAUAAGUUAUUGCUAACAGAAUUUGUAAUAUAUCUUUGUUGUUUGUUUGGAUUUAGUUGGACUGUUUUGAGUUUUACAGAUAUAUUUUUUUCCCUUUUUCUUUUGUAACGUCUGAUGGUGGGUACAACAUGGCUGUUUUGGGAAAAGGGCCAAAUCAGCAUAUUUUUGAAAGUAAUGGAAGAGCCUAGAAAAUGCCUUUUUUUUUUUUAAAUUUUUUUUUUUUAUCUUUCAAGUUAGCCACAGAUGCAGCUGAUAAAAAAAGAACAAUAGCUUAUCUGUUCUGAGCAUAUCUCUUUAUUAUUUUUAGACUCUGUAGAUUUGGGCUCACAGACGUCACAGGAUACAACUGUGCCAAGUGUCCCUCUGCGCUGAUGAAUCAUGGCUCCUUGGCAAACCAGCUCCGAGCUUUCUAUUUUUUAUCAAUUAUAUUACAAGAGAGGGAGUGUAUUGAGAAUGUGAAUAUUAACACCAGAACUUGACAGGAUGAGGUUUGAAUGCAGAGGAGAUCAGGGUCAAUGGAAAAGGCUGGAAAUGUUAGAAUCAGUAUAGGAGCCUACGAAAUAAGGAAAUCCACAUCAUGAUGGUUCACUCAUCGCUGAUUGGGCCAUAACUUCCAAGAUGGCAGAUAGACACGUUGGUUGUUCUUCUACAUGUUCUAUUCUGCUUUUUCUAUAAUGAACAUUAAACCAGUUCUAGUAGUUCAUGAUUUAAGAAAAUGAAGGUAAAAACAUUGAAACGCUUCUCAGUUCCUCUCCUGCCUGUGCCCAACUGCUUUUCUAGUUUUCACUCACCACACAUGCAAACAACUUGUUUCAGCGGUGAUGUCUGUCUGCCUGAGUUCAAGCGUCUUUCGAUCCUAUUUAUAAAUGACACAGCUGACAUGUAAAUGAACAAACAUAAGGACACAAGCAGUGCCACCUGUUGCAUUGUACGUUCGACUGCUGCAGAGAAGAGCUCACUCGCAUGCAGUUGGACCCCGCCCCUGCUUCAACAGCACGACAUCAACUGCUUCCCCAAAGUUGUCGUCUCAAGCCUGCAUUUGUUUUACUCGUUCGUGACGCCCAGUUAAAAGACCACUUGAGUAUAAAUUCAUGAUUUUACCCCACCCAGCUCCGGCUAAAUAAUCCAUGGAAAACCGUCACCAUGAAACAACUCCACUUUUCUGAGACAGUACAAGUCAUAAUGUGGUUAGUGACUUAUAUCACCUAUUAAGCAGAUGGGAUAUGUUAUAAAAAUUUUGUGAAUUAAGCAAAAAAAUGUAUACUUAUAACAAUAUGCUGUAUAAACGUAAUAAAACACAUUUUUCAGACUUUGA